AUGAAAUUCGUCGCCCUUGCCCUCCUCGCCGCCCCAGCCGCCAUGGCCUUCUCCGUUGACACCAUCCCAGGUGCCAUUGCCCCCACUGGUCUUUUCGACCCUCUUGGCUUCGCCGAGAAGGCCAAUGAAGCCACCCUCAAGAGAUACCGGGAAGCCGAGCUUACCCACGGACGUGUUGCCAUGCUUGCCUCUGUCGGCUUCCUCGUUGGUGAAGCUGUCGAAUCCAAGACCUUCCUCUUCAAUGGUGAGGUCACUGGACCUGCCAUUACGCACCUUGCCCAAGUCAACCCAAUCUUCUGGCUCUUGCUAGGAGGCGGUAUCGCCAAGGCCGAGACCGAACGUGCCAAAAUCGGCUGGGUCGAGCCCGAGAACGUCCCUGUUGACAAGCCAGGUCUUCUUCGCGAUACCUACAUCCCAGGAAACCUUGGAUUCGAUCCUCUUGGCUUGAAGCCAGAGGACCCAGAAGCCUUCUUUGCUAUGCAAACCAAGGAGCUCCAAAACGGACGUCUUGCCAUGCUUGCCGCCGCUGGCUUCUUGGCCCAAGAACUUGUUGAUGGCGAAGGGAUCCUUGAACACUUGAAUGCCUAA